CAGCCGCGGGCAGAGCGCGGCAGCCCGGCAGAGCGGGAGGCAGCGGCCGCCGCUUUCGCUUUUUGUUUCGAGGCCGUCCCGCCGAGCUCGGGGGCGCCGGCCGCCCCUCCUGCGCCCAGGGGAGGGCUGGCAAAGAAACCUGAAGUCGUGAGUCUGGUGGAGCCCUGCGUGUUUCCAAACGCCCUGCUCUGAGUUCAUCCCACCAGUAAGGCUGUGCAGUGGAACUGCUUGUUGUGGUCAGUUUUCAGUUCUCUCUUGCUCCUGGACCUUGUUCCAAAUUUGAUGUGCUCGAGAGGGAAGCAUAUUAGCAAAGGAGCUUGCCUGAAUGCUGAGUGCCUUAUAACUGUGUGUGCCUGAAUGCAUCAGCCUUUGGAGGUGAGCAUCUUCCCUUGAAACAGCCGUGAUAUCCAAGUGCCUGCUCUCUUGGGAGGUCCCUUGGAAGAGCCUGUCUGUACGUCUGAGCGGGUGCCUGACAGGACAGCCUUGCUCCCAGACCUGAAUCAUGUCCCACCCAUCCUGGCUGCCACCCAAGAGUACCAACGAGCCUCUCGGUCACGUUACUGCAAGGAUGGAGACCACACACACCUUUGGGACUCCCAGCAUCUCCGUGUCCACCCAGCAGACCCCAAAGAAGUUUGCACCUGUGGUCGCCCCCAAACCAAAGUACAACCCAUACAAACAACCAGGAGGGGAUGGGGACUUUCUUCCUCCCCCGCCCCCUCCUGUGGAUGACCUUGGGAAUAUCACAUCAUCACAAGGUGCCUUUCCCCCCCCACCCCCUCUGGAUGAUGCUACUUACAAUGUACAGGUGAAUCCUGGUGGCAAGACACUUGAGGAGAGGCGGUCCAGUUUAGAUGCAGAAAUCGACUCUCUGACCAGCAUCCUGGCUGACCUAGAGAGCAGCUCUCCCUACAAGCCUCGGACCCAACAGGGCUCUGGCACCUCAAGCAGCUCCACUGCCGCCACCCCGUCUGUGUCCACUCCUGUCACCAGCCACAAGCGGAUGAUCAUCCCCAACCAGCCUCCCCUCACUGCCACCAAGAAGUCCACUGCCAAGGGCCCGGGGCAGCCGGCGCCCAUCCCGGUCACUCCCGUUGGCACCCUGAAGCCGCAGCCGGUGCCGGCCUCCUACGCCACGGCCUCCACGCCGAGCCGCCCGGCCUUCAACGUGCAGGUGCGGACGGCGCAGCCCAGCCCGCACUACCAGCCGCCCAGCCCGCAGCCCGGGCACUACGGCGGCGCGGGGCCCGGCCAGCCCUACGCCCCGGUGCCGGCCCGCCAGCCCGCCGCCCCCCAGUACGGAGCGCCGCAGCCCCACGGGCCCGGCUACGGCUACGGGCCUCCCCCCGGCCGGCCCGCCGAGCCCGCCUACGGGUACGCGCCUCCGCAGGGCCGCUACCAGGACCCCUACUACGGCGGCUACGGCGGCAGGAAUGGCUCCGAAGCGCCCUACGUGCCACAGAGCUCCUGGAAGGCCGAGCCGGCGUAUCCUGCCAGUAACGCCAUGGGCCAGGCUGCCCCUGGGCUCUACCAGCCACCGGGCACCAAGAAGACCUACAUCACUGACCCGGUGCUGGCUGCGCAGCCGCCCGCCCUGCAGCAGAAGAGUGGGUAUCCAAGCUCUGGACCUGCAUCAAGCACUCCUGCCUUCAGGCCUGAGGAUGAGCUGGAACAUCUGACCAAGAAAAUGCUGUAUGACAUGGAGAAUCCUCCCUCUGAUGACUACUUUGGACGCUGCGCCCGCUGCGGGGAGAAUGUGGUUGGAGAAGGCACCGGCUGCACAGCCAUGGACCAAGUGUUCCACGUGAAGUGCUUCACCUGCAUAAAGUGCAAAAGCAAGCUGAGGGGACAGCCUUUCUACGCCGUGGAGAAGAAAGCCUACUGUGAACCCUGCUACAUUAAUACACUGGAGCAGUGCAGUGUCUGUGCAAAGCCCAUCAUGGAGAGGAUCCUGCGAGCCACGGGGAAGGCGUACCACCCCCACUGCUUCACCUGUGUGAUGUGCCAGCGCAGCCUGGACGGGAUCCCCUUCACUGUGGAUGCCGGCGGCAACAUCCACUGCAUCGAGGACUUCCAUAAGAAAUUUGCCCCAAGGUGUUCUGUGUGCAAGGAGCCCAUCAUGCCAGCCCCGGGACAAGAGGAGACCGUGCGCAUUGUGGCCCUGGAUCGUGACUUCCACGUGCAGUGCUACCGCUGCGAGGACUGUGGUGGCCUCCUGUCCGAAGGGGACAAUCAGGGCUGUUACCCUCUGGACGGGCACAUCCUUUGCAAGACCUGCAACUCUGCUCGGAUCCAGGCUCUGACUGCCAAGGCCAGCACUGAUCUCUGAGAAUCAACUGUGACCUUCCCCAGGAUGCCCAUUGGGGGAUAUUGCACAAGCUUUGCAUGAUUUCUUUCCAGCCUAGGGUCUGAAUUUCUGUUAUUGAAAAAAAAAAAGUAAAGAAAAAAAAAAAAAAGGAAAAAAAGGUAAAACUGGAAGGCCAUGGAACAAGAGGGCAGUUCAAGAGGCCAUGUUCAGACUGCCCAUGACAGGCACCUAAUUUAGACACAACUGUUGAGGAGGGCAGUGAGUGAGUCAGAGCAGCUGCUCUGUCUGCAGCUGAUGGAGUUAAGGGUCACAGCACCUAAAUUAUCUGCCUGUAGAAGGAGGUCUGAACAUGGUCCUUACUAUGCUUCUGUGUUUGAUUCCUGUUUCUAAGCAGCGCAGGAAGGUAGAGGGUGAAAGAUGGCUGAGGUAGUUAUUUCUCCCAAGUUAUUCUGAGAACCUGACUAGCUCUCAUUGAAGUUAUGGGACUUGAGUGUCUGCUGGUGCCUUUAAUAGGAUCUGUGUCACCAGCAGAAGUAGCUCCACUGUCCUAGAAGGUGUGAGAGCAGACCCAGCAUUAACACAAACAGUGCAAUUGCAACUGUACUGCACCUGAGUGUAGGUGUGAUCUUGUAUUCUUGGGACACAGAUUUGUUAUUUCUUAGGCCCUUACUUGUCUCCACUCCCUUCCAGUUCAAUAGGGUUUUUCUUUUACUCAUGAAAGUCUACUUAGCUAUUGCAUAAAUUCAUUCAGUAGUGAUGCUUCCAAUUCACAAUGUAUGAGCAAUCACAGAAAGAUGUGAGCUUGCACACUGUACACUACACACACACUACACUCUACACACACACUACACUCUACACACACACUGCAUGCUUUUGAUUUACCAGAGGCAUAAGCCAGUCACGUCCAUUGAGAAGAUCUUUAAGGAAUAUGGGGCUGGAAACACAUUUCUGAAAUCCCAGUGGUUAAAAAAAGAAAAGAAUGACUACAUAGAACUGCAGUGCAAAGCGAUGCUCAAAAAAAUCUUACGCCACUCUCUCAUACAGCCCAUUCUAGUGGGAUCACUGGCAGGGUUGGUCUCUGGGUAGACAUUCAGGGAAUUAAGUCUUGUUCCAUCUCCUGAUAGUGCAAUGGGAGGAUUUUCCUUUAAGAAUAACAGGGAUUGUAUCAGGCUUUGGGGUGAUACACAUUUCUCUGAUGUUAACACAUGUGAUCUGUAUUUUUCAAUUUAAAAAAAUCAGAUCUUGUUUCAACAACAGCAAAAAAGAGCCUGCUAAAUACAUGUUCAGUUUUCAUCCUAAGAAAGCUAAAGAAGGUAUUAAGCCCUUCACUAUGCCAUUCCAGAAAGCAGGCAAUUUUUUUCCUUUUCCAUUUUCAUCCCAGCCACUUAUAACUUGCCUCUGGUGAAAUUCGUGGCAGUAGAGUGCUGGGCCAGCAACAGCAUUUUCAUCUUCAGUCCAGAAUUAAUAUAUAGGCCAAGGUAAAUAAAACCUGGGCACAGAUGAUCCUUUUUCUCACAUGAUCAUGGAUUUGGGGGUUUUUUUAGGGUUUUUUUUGGUUAAUUAAAAACAAAUCAGAAAGUUAGAAAUCCAUGGCAUUCUGAACAGCUAUAAUAGUCCUGUUCAUGAAACCCAUAAUAACUAAGGUGCAAAUUACAUAGUGAGGGAGUAAUUUUCAUAUCACUGAAUUGACAUUAAUAUCUUAUUUGCAGAUGUAAUCAAGGAAAAUACCUUUCUUUGCACUUAAAUUAAGAAGCAGAACUGAAACAGUUGCAGGCUGAUUGACCAUAUAAGUGACAAACUGGCACUUUUCAAGAGUAAGUUACAAGAUUUUUUUUUCACGCAUCCCACUGAAAAUCAAUAAGAAUGUGGUGCUUCCCUCUUUGUAUCAGGCUUUUGUUAUAGAGAAUAAUUAUAUCCACUAAUGCUGAAAAGAAAAGUUAGAUGAGCUGAACUGAUAGGAAACAAAGGAAAAAUUGUGAUGUGAUACUGCAGCUCCUGCAAAUGGUGCAUUUCCUUUCACUGUAGCACUAAACUUAAUGGAAGGGCACUGUGAUAUUCAGUAGCUUCAGCUGUGUGUGGUAAAUUCAAAUGCAGAAAUACCAGUCUAAAACCUCCAUUCCUUACAUGGUUUAUAUGUUGGCAAACUUCAUCAGUGUCAGGGAAGUUUCUCAAAAUUCACAGCUUGAAAGGAACCCUUCUUUGUAGAAGGGUGGCAUCACUGAGCAGAAGAGUUCCUUCACCCCCAUAGGGGCUGUGCUGAAGCAGUUUGACUUUGUAUCCUGGAUUUCUGCCCUGGCCUGCAAAAAUGUUACUGCCUCAGACAUAAACAGAUUUUUUGGCACCCUGGCUCCCACCAGGUUCCACCUGGGCUCCUGCUCCCUGAACUGUGGCAUGUAAGAUCCUUCUGAGCUCGCUUCUUGACACACAGUCUGCACCACCACCAGUCCAAAAAACCUUGCAAAUACUGAGCAAAUCUAGUUUGAACUAACCCUACAGAAACAGCGGAGAUCAGCGCUGGGAUACAAGCACAGGUGAUAAUGUGAUGCAUUUGGGUGCAGAAUGAGCCAUUCAUCAGGCAGAAAAUACAGCUCUGGGCUUCCUUACUCUUGUGAGUGUUAAAUCAAGUGCCUGAUGAGACUCUCCUGAAUAACACUGGGGUAAUUGAGGGGAACAAGCUGCUGUGCCUUCCAGCAGAAUGUGGCCUAGACAAGGGGGACACAAGUUCAGAGCCUUUGGGCUUUUUACAGCCCUGCCUAGGCUGGAGUGGAGCAAGUCCUAUGGCUCCUUGUCUUCUGCCCUCUGCACGGGAUGGUUCUUUGCAGUUUCCCAGAGACAUUAUGGGGAUUAAACUAGUCACAGAUUAGCCCAAACUACCGAUUUCUGGAGCUCUAUUUUCUCUUUUCAGAGGUUUGCUGGUAUGUGGGCCUGGGAUUCCAGCCCAUUUCAAUGCAUGCAGCCAGCCAGGAGAUCCAGCUCUGAAUCCUCUCUGUUAUGAGAGUGCUGUGGUGAGUUGGGCUGGCAUGCAGGGAGGUGAGAGCCAAACUUUUCAAGCAUUAAAUACUUCAUGGAUGAAAUAUGAUUGACAAAGAUUGAACAGUGUUGAUGUUUGAGGUGCUGUGGCUGGUUUCUAGACCUGACACAUCUGUGCAAAGGUACUGUGAUGGGGUUUUUUUCACCCCUAGACACCAAAGCCUUCUGCCCAUUGGAAAGAGUGUUCAAAACCCUCUUCUUUAUUCUGUGUGGUUUUGUCUCCAAAAUCACUAUAAAUAUAUUUGAAAGAUACUGUAUAUACAUCACAGAGGCUCUCAUCACCCACAUGUAUAUGGAAAUCUCCCUGCUGAUGCUUCAGGAUUUAAUUAGGAAAUGCUGGUGGGAUUUAUCUCAAUUGCACUGCAAUUAAGAACCACUGGGAUAUGGCUUCAUCACAAUAUUUAUCACAUAUUUAUAAUAUAUCAUGUUUAUCUGUUCCAAAGAAGGAGUCUUUUUGCCAAAGAGACCUUGCAUUUUUAAAGUUGGACCUUCUUAGCCAUGACAAAAAUUCACAUCAUCUGUGGCUGUGGUAAUGUCCAAACUGUUCCUUCCAGAAAGAAUUGGAAGAUCACACAAACAUUUCUGUUCGAGUCUGCAGUUUUGCUUAUGCUGCUUUGUCUUUGCCUAGCAUUUGUUGGCAAGUAGGGCCUGAUCCCAUGGUUUGUGUAGCCAGACAGGGCCCAGGAUCAGGUUCUAAUUUAGCAAAAUAUUUAAGUCCCUGGGGUUUGUUUAAGCACAGACUUAAAGCCAUUGCAUGGUGUGACAUAAGCCAUUAAUACCAGACUGGUUCUUCAUCCCUUAAUCAUACAGGUUUGAUCUGGGUAGAACGUGGGCACAGUCAAAUUUCUAUCAAAUUACCCAGAACACAGGAAAUGGCUCCUGUGUCACCCUUAUGCCAGCUGCAGGAGAAGACCACAGCUGAUCAAAUGUAACGUUUGGAUGACAGGAGGCUGAGUUGUUAUGUUAUAACCCCACUGUGUUGGGUGGCUGUGGCACCUUCCAUAUGUCACAAGUAGCCCUACAGGCAGAUUUACUGUAUCUUUGAGCAAUGGCUUUAAAACUGUCUACUUAAAGUUUCUCCAGGAGAUUGGGUUGCCUUGGUUACAGCCCAAUCCUUAAGCAUAUCCCCAAGGCUAACACUAGUAUUUUGUGAAUGUGAUGGUUUUAUUGUUACUUAUUUUAUUCAUUGAACAUUGGUUUUAAAAACAGAAAGCCACACCAAUUGUUUAGCCUAUCAGAUAACACACCUUUAAUUUUGGUUUUCGGAGCAGUGUUAAUAUUUUAAUUCUUAGAUUUUUAUCACGGCUGCAAACACUUGUGUAAUGACUUAAUCAUAGAGGUGUGGGAGUACUGAAGUGUUUGUCACUCUACAUAAUAGUGUUCAUCCUGAUAGCAGGAGCCAGGCUUUCACAAAACACAGGCCUUAAGUUGACUUUCUGCCUAUCAGCAAAAUGUGCCUGAGAAGAAUGAGAAGUGUCUUUAAGGAAAUGAUGGUUGUUAAAGAGAAUAGUGACAAAUCUGUCUGAAAUCUCUUCGGACCUGUUACAGCUGCUGCCUGGCUGGGGUUAGCUCAAGCCUGGCUUAGGUUUGAUAAAUGCUGGUUCCUUUUGAUUUUGAGAAAGUCUUGAAGGCAAGGGAUAACAGGACCCAAGGGCGGGUUCUUGAGAGAAAUCCUGUGUCAAGGAUAAGCGUUAGACACCUGGUGCUUGCGCUGAGUGCUCAGAAGGGGUUUGAGUUGCUGACUGGUGUCUGUUGGUGUCUGGCUCCUGCAGUUGGGUCAGUGUUGAUUUGCUGUUUGUUCAGCAGCCUGGGUGGAGCACACCUCGCACAGGUUCAGUGCUGCAGGCUGGAGGUGUUGGAGAGGGCGUGCUGAGCCAUCCCACGGUGGUGAAAUUCCACCAUGGAAAACACCAGCAAUGGUAACUGAGGGUUUGUCGUGGAAGGAGGGCAGAGACUGCACCACAACCUAGAGGUUAGCAAAAUACAGACCAAGAGAGCUGUGAGAACACUAUUUCCAGUUAGAGCUGGCGGUAAUUUUUACACUAAAUUAGAUGAUACCAGAAGGGCCCUUUUUUUUAUGAGAAAUUCUCUCUUUCUGCAAUGUUAACCACAAUAUUUUUGGGGGGUUGUUUUUGCUGUUAUGAUUAAAAUUAUACUGAAUUUUUAUCUAAAUCAAUUUCAGAAUUGUUAACAAAUAUUUUUAUUUCUCAGAGACCCAUGUUGUCUUUCAGAGUAUUUUGUAGUUCUUGGGUUUCUUCUGCUGGUAAAUUAAAGUUCCCGUUACAAUUCUGAAAACUUCUUUGGAUAAAAAUUCUACUUAAAACCAAGCAAAUGUUCUUGGGAAAUGGUUCAGUAGUAGACCUGGAGAAAUAAAAAAAGCUUUGAAACUUUCCAUAAGAUUUUUUCCCUAUUUUUAACUAGUUUUGCUAAUUUUGAAGUCACUGUUUCCUUUGUUAGAACAAUCCAAGUAAGGUGACUCUUAAAAUACCAGUGUUACUUCUGUUGGAUUAAUUUUUCCUAUCCGUCUUAAGGCCAUGGAGUGGCUGGCUAUAGGGACUGCCAGUGUCUUUUUCUGUGGCAAUUGCAAUUUUCUUCUUUGUUUUUAUCUUGGUGUCUUAUUCUGUUUGGCUUUUCCCCCUGAAAUUACUGAAGAAUAUAAGCACAUUAUGGCAACUGCCAUGAAAAUCAAGAGAUACUGAUUGAAUUUCAUCUCCUUUCUGGGCUUGGGAAUGGCAUUUUUCCUUAAACAUUUCUAGAAAUGUUACCUGUCUUCCUCAGCAUUUCAACUUUAAAUUUGCAACAAUUGCUUGCCCAACUGGCAUUUGGAGCCUAUGAGAGAACAGAAUUUACACCUGUGAAAUUAUAACAUUCAUCCAGCAUCUAAAAAUCUAAGGGAAAAAACCUAACCUCAGUGGGUUUCCUGGUGGACGUUGAGGAACAGCUCUCACUUCAGCCUGGAAAUUUUCUGCUGUGGCCUGAAAAAACUAAGUUCUACCCUUGCAGGGCAGUCUGGCAUACACACUCACAUGUCAGGUGUUUGUGGGGCUGUAACUGAGUAGAAAUACAGGCUGCAGUAUUGACUGUUGCUCCUCUGGGCUUUAUUCCUGACUACAUGUCCCUGGUCUCUUUGGCUUCAUUAACACGUGGAAGCACAGGGUUUAUCACGGGUAGCAAGAGCAUCCAGUUCAAACUUUUUUUUAAAAAAAAAUUUCUAUUUGUCCAGUAUUCUCAUCCUACCUAGAUAUUUUAGAAAAUGAGGAAGGAAACAGAAGCCCCAGUGGUGGCAUUACCUUUACAUUUCCAGGGGUUAGAGUCCCUCCCCAGGAACAUCACACUUGGGAUGUCUCUGCUUUCCUGCCCAUGCUUCCCCUAGUCCACAAACCUCCCUCUUACCCACUUUUUCCAUGCCCUCAAUGUGCACUCUUUGCAGUAAAGAUAGUUUCUUUCUUACUUCACCGAGGUAUUGUGAGUCUUAGCUAGUAGUUGGAAAAACUUGUUCAGAUCUUUAAUCAAGUAGUUUUGUGCGUCCUUAGUAUCAGUGGCCUGCCAUAUGGAUAUCAAAGAAAAUUGUUAUAAUUAUUGCUUUUAAAAUGAUUAUGAAAUUGUGCCUUACUUUUUCAGUCAUAUUUAACCAUGUAAUUUAGAACCACAUGAUUGCAGGGAUUUACCAUGAAGAAAUAUGUUUGAAGGAUAGUUUGUUUUUUAAAUAUUUUUUCCUCAAAAAUUAUUUUAUUAGCUUUUCCUCUUUUAUUUUUUUCCUCCAGUUAUAUUCCUUUAAUAUGUUUGUGUAAAAGGGCAGCCAGAAUUUGCAUUUGUGAGAGACAGAAGAUUUUAUUUGGUCUUGUAUAUAGAGCUUUCAUUUUCUUUUAUGUUCCUUCAGGAAAAUUCCUCCCUCCCCAAUUACUCAUACUGAGAUGUCUUUAAAUGCAGGCUGACCAGUAAGGGUUUUUUGUUGUUGUUUAAUUUAGUGUGUGGUUUGCUUUGUGGUUGAGGUUUUUCUUUUAAUUAACCAGAUAUUGAGUGCUGGGGAGACAUUGCACAUUAAUGCAGAAACGUUAAUGCUAAUUUUCACAGGAAAGACAAAAUUAGAGUCUUUCCCUGUCUCCAGUGCAGUUUUGUUACUGCUCUGUGUACAACACUAAUAUUAAGCCAGACUGUAAAGGCUAAAUACUCAGAGUGACCUACUUCCAUUCACCAGCAAGAAUCCUUUGUCAGCUGACUCCUGUUUGUUUGUUCAUUUUUAAAUGUCGGAUUACAGAAUGAGUAUCUCCUAAAGAUGAAAGAAAACAGUGUUUUCAUGUGCAGGAAAUUUGGGGUUGCAGUAAGAGAACAUUUUCUUUGUGAAUUUGGAUGUCAUGGUGUUUUAAGCUCCUGCCUGGAGCCUAAAUCAAUUUGGCCUCUCAUGCAGUUCAUCUAACUGGUGCUCCUAAAAGGCUGCAGCCCUGCAAAAGCUCAUGCAGCAUUUUUGGCUGCCUUCCCUUGCUCCCAUUUGGUACAUAUUUGCACAAUUUAACUGAGCUUUUCUUUCUCCUGAAGGUCAGAUGCAAGCGAUACGAAACACUAAACUUUAUAAACAAGCAAAACCAUUUCAACCACAGCAUUUUGGACUGGAAUGGGUUUUUAGGUGGCGCACUGUCUGCUGGCCUUUGGAGAGGGGAUCCUGAGACUGCAUUGGCCUGGAACAGGAUGCAAAGCCACAAGCCUUGUUUUUUUUAAUAAACUACUUACUGUAAUCCAGCUACACAGUUUCAGCCUCACACUUCAGAAGAAGCUUCCAGUAGCUAUGCACGUACAGACACUUUCUCUCUUGCAGAAAGUGAAACUUUCCCAACCAGAGUAAAUUUAACCUAUUGCAUAAGAUGCUGGAAGUUGGUUUUUUUUUUAUUUUCCUUGGGAUUCUCACUGUAACCUCUGUGUGCAGAGGAUGAAUAGCUUUUCUUUUUCCCUCUUUUUUUUUUUUUUUUUCCUGACAAGAUUAGAUGUUGCAUAUUGAUGAGCUAGCAUUUCAAAGGUCCGUGGGGCUUUGGAACAUAUUAAGAAUCUCUGAAGUUUAAUAUUCACCAUGUUUUAAAUAUUCAGAAGGAAAAAUCUGCAUAAAAUGGCUUUUGAUAAAUAGGUUCUAGGGAUUCUUUCUUUCUGUCUUACACAAGCAUUGUGGGGAUUGUGGCUGUGCCAGUUUUGUUCCAAAGUGUCUUUUGUUUCAGCAUUUCAGGAUAAUUUUGAUCCCAUUUGUAUACCCAGUACCAGUCCUGAAGUCUCUUAAGGUUUCUGCUGGGGCUGUACAGCAGGCAAGUGGAUGUGACCAAGAAAAAGACUCAGCUGAACAUUGGAACUCCUGAAUAUCUUCUUGGGAGCUUCCUCCUCAUGACAGCUGGGCACAUCCAUCCUUUUUCUGUGCCUGCUUCUCAUGAUGGGGUUGGGAUCCAUCCAGUGGUCUGGCCCAGCUGAGAUCUUUCUGCAGAGGUGCUCUGUGGGGUUUUGAGAUUGGAAAGGGCAAUAUCCUGGGUGGAGGAGCAGAGUGUCAUUUGAUGCCUCUCAGAUCUCACAGGGCAGUCACCCCUUCCUUGGAAGGCUCUUUGGUGAGAAUCUCAGCAGUAAAAAAAAAAACACGUGCCUGUAGGAGAAAUCCUCGCCUGGGGAUGCUCCAUUUCUCAUGCUCUUGAAAAUCGGAUUCAAGCUUUAGAUGAGGAUCAGUUGCUGGCUGCAGAGGCACAGCUCUUUUGCUGAAUUAUCAACACGUGUCGUUACCCUCCAUGGCCCUGGUACAUCCCAGGGGGUUGCAGGACAGCGCUUUGGUCCCUCUCACACCCAGCCUGGACUUUGUCACACCAGUCCCUGUUGAAUCAGUGCCUGGUAUUUGUUCUCAGGACCGCCCUGGCUCAGGCCAAGGGCACCUCAUGCCUCUAUGCAAAAGGUGGUGCUUUCAGGUUUUACCUUACAAAUAAUGCAGCCCUUUCAAACUCACCUUUCUUCUCUCACGUAUUCUUGACAGAAGUAGGAUUUUAAAUAUUUCAUAACAUUCUUCUUUCUUCUUCCUUUUUGCCAGAUGCCUUGAAAACAUUGUCACAUUACGAUCUGGGGGGGAUCAGGAUCAGUUUCCCUUCCUUCUUGAUUGCAUGGUGUAGGUUUGCAAUGAGAGUUUUGUCCUUUUUUCUUUUUUUCUUUUUUUUAUUAGUCUUACAGAACAGAUGCCUUCAUUUUAUGCAGAGAAAGAUUGUCUAUGAUUAGAGCUAAUCCAGGAUGGCAGGAUUGGACCCCCACAGUGAAAGCUGGAAAAGUGAUUGCAAAAGUAUUCUGUUUCUCCUUUAUUAAUUGCACAGGAAGUUUCCACCAAAGGCUCAUGUAGCCCAACUGGCCUAUGUAAUAAGUAGCAGGGCCUGUAAUUACAGUCUGUUUUCUGAUCCUAUCUGUGCUCUGACUUUCUAGGCACUGCAGUUCUACUUACAUCUGGCUUUUUGUCACCUUUUUAAAUUUUUGAUUGGUCACUAAGGGAAGGAGAGCACAAGCCCUGAGCCCUGCGAGGUGCAGGGAGUAUAAACGAGGGAGUUCUCCUCCCUCUCAGGUAUCCACCUGAUUUGGGACACAGAACAGAGCACGAGGAACAGGAGGAUUUUACCAGUUGUGCAGCAGAGGAAGUGGGCUGCCUGCCAACUGGGUAUCUUUCAAGACCUCAGAGUUCUUUAUAGGAUUGGAAAUUUGAACCUUUUACAGGUCUUAACUAGUGUACUCUCCUGUGAGAUAGUUCAUCGGCAUUUCUUUGCUCGGAGCUGUUCCUACAGGAUUUGACCCUUUUUCUCUGUAAGAUUCGAGGUUUUAUGGUUGCAAAGAGAUCCUUCCCCAUAUGCAUGAGGAGGAAGAUGGCUUUUGGCAUCCUGCAGAGAAGCUGUGUUCCAAAUCCUGGUAUCAAUGUGGAAAGCAGGAGUAACUGGAGUUGGAGGGGGAAGGCAGUGAUUCACACGUGGUUCACUACCAGGUUCACCAGCAGCGAGCACAGCCUCAAGCAGAUGAGCUCCCUGGGAUGUCUGAGACCUGCUCCUUGUGGGAGUGUUUGGUGCUGGUCACUUUGGCAGCAAUCUCUUGUCUCUGAAAACAUGCACUAAAGUUUGGGUAAAGCUACAGAAUGGUACCCCCCAGUCUUUUUUCUCAAGGCAGACUCGCAGUACUGUGUUUGAUCAAGAGGAAUGAAAGCCAUUAGGCAAAUACUGUACUCUGCAAAACAACCCAUUAGCAAUCUACUAUGGAUACUUUUAAUGUCCAUUAAACUGUUACACAAAUUGUCCUUUUUCUACAGCUUGCACUGUUAUUUCAUUAUUUUAACCUGACUUCUGUUUAAAAAUACCCCUCAAUUAUUUUUUUUCUUUGUAACUCUGCUUCUAAGAAAGUUGAUGCUUUAAAGGAAAAAAAGCACAAAAAAACACAACUUAGUUUCAAACAUGGGUUUUUCAGGCUUCUAAAUUAAUAAUUUCUACACCUGACCCAGUUCCUGCAGCUGCCAAAAAAGAAAAGAGAAAGCUAUUUAAAUUUCUCAUAGAACCAUUUAUCUCUUAAAAUAUGCCAAGGCAAUUUGAGGUGGGGGUGGAGACUCAGCUAUUUAUCUCAGCAGCUUGAUUUUUCUCUUUAUGUUUCCAACUGUCAGGGGGAAAAAACCGGUAGGAAGCUAUUCUUGGGCUAUUAUUGAUGUAUUGUGUUGCCAUUAUGCAGGAUGUCUGCUUUGCUAUAUACGGAAGGACAUUAAUAAUAGCCAUCUCCCCUGCCCCCACCCUCGGUUCCUCUUUGGGAAGAUAUGGUUUAACUGGAGCAUCUGCUGUGUUCGAAUUGCUGCUCCUUCCUCCCCUUCCCCCAGUUCAUUCUCAAACUAGUUUUAGGAACCAGGGCUAAGGAAUUAAAGAGACAUUAUUUUGGCCAUUUUUCUGCCUACUUCUGUGGUUGCUUCAGGCAAAUAAUUUCCAUGCCCUGUACCUGUCUGCCCUUUUCCUUCCCAUGUAUUGCCCCUGCUUUCAUUUUAAGUUCAUCAAUGCAAAGAAAAACCCUUUCUUGCUGUCUCUUUCUCAGAAAGCUGACUGGCAGAACGGGCUCAGCAACAGAGCUCUGAUUUGUUAUUACCCAGCAUUUCAUAUCCACAAACAUCAGUUUCAUUAUUUCCAAUUAGUAGGAAAAUGUAUUCUCAUUCCCAUCCCUUCUACCCCAGGUCUAAAACAUUGUUACGAGACUUUAAAGGGUCCAUCUGCUUGUUUAAAGACUCGGAUGCUUGUUUUAUUUUUGGAAGCAGAGUGUACAGUGAACAGGAAUAGUUUGAUGUUUAAAAAGCAGCCCCAGUUCAGCGUUCCCCUGAAGUGCGGGAAGUCCUGUCUCUGCAGGGCUGUGCCAGCAGCGUGACAGCCCAGAGAGCAGAGCCACGUUGAAAAGGAAAAAGAACUGGCCUGCCCCACUUCAUCUGUGACAAGAGAGAGGUGAAAAUAACAAAUGUGGCAAGAAAAUAAAGGGCAGAAUUGUACUGAGUUUUUAUUUUAAUGGCUGUUCCUAUGUCUCCCGCUGAUUUUGUUCCAUAGUAGUUUUGCUUAUUCAGCAUUUUUGAUAACCAGGACCAUGUGCUUUUUCAUGGUAUCAUUAUUUUUACUUUUCAUUUGUUGAGUUAUAUUCUUGCCCUGGUUCCCACAGGAUAUGGAGCCACUUUGGUUUGGGCACUGAAUGAAAACAGUUAGGAGCUCUGUCCAGGAGAGCUUACCUAGAAUUUGGAGCCAGCAAAUGCAAUCAGAAUAUUUUCCAGUCUGAUACAGAGAGGUUUUCAAAAUAGGAAUUCUACAUGGAAGGAAUGCCUUCAUUGGGGGAAAUGCUUAGAUUUCAAAAUGAAAGGGAGAUGGCCAUUCAGUGUAGUUUCUUGUUCCUUUUAUCACCUGCCUUGUUGGUGUACAAUGAGAAAAAUUACACCCUCUGUUCCAUAAGCUCAGCCAGAACCCAGCAUCUCUUCUGCAGACAUUUGCUCCAGCUCCAGCUUUCCACACUGCUGCAGCAUGGCAGUGAGAAAGGCCUGCUAAGGGAGCAAGGUCAGCCUCAUCUCCUCCACAGCCAGUGCUGCUCCCCGUGGUGAGUCUGCGUCCAGCCUAGGGCUUGAUCCUGCCUUCCUAGUGUGAGUAUUUUGCCAGAAUCAGCUGUUUUCUCUCUGCCAUUAGCUAUGGGAUUGUGUGCAAUGAUGAGGAUUUGCAGGGAGGGAGGAGAAGAUCCUGUUCCAAUUAGGCUGCCUUUGUGCUAAUGUUUCAUUCAGGGCUGCAUGAGAUAAGAGCAGUUUGCACUGAAAUGCACAGCCGGAGGUUGUAGCUUGCGUUCCAACUGUGUUGAGAUGGUACCCACUGAAAAUCCAAACUGGGGAGCUUUUCUGCAUCUGCCAGUGCUUCACUGACAGCUCUGUGUGGGCUGGAAACACAUUUCAGUUCGGCAAAUGGACAUUUCGUGCCUUGUGCCCCAAGUCUGAUCUAGUCCUUUGCUUUAUCCACCUAAAAAGUAGUAUUUCUAAUGUGCCUAACAAGUUGAGCUCCUGACGAGCAUCUCAACAGAGCAACCAGCAAGGUGACAAGUAGGCAAUUGACUGAGCUGCCUUUACAAAAAGUGUAUUCCACUUUCUUCACUGUGUGCCUUUUCAGAGACCUGCUGUGCUCCUUUGUGGGCAGCAGAGAAACAGUCCUAGUGCUGAGUAGGGAUGGGAACUGGGAGGGUGAUGGAAAGGAGAAGCAAGAGGCUAAGGCUGAGCAUCUGUUCUCCAUGGGAAUAAGCAAAGCAAUGGCUUAUCCCAUCAGUACAGCUUGUCUGGCUUUACACACUCUGUUGUCUGGUGGGCAACUGUUCUGUAGCAGAGGUAGUUGGGUAUAUCUCCUCAAACAUCUCUUCCUGAUCAGAACUGCAGAGUCAUUAAUAUCUGAAGAAUUUAUUCUCUUAAUAUUGUCUCUUAGAAAAUCUCCAUCACUCAUUUUUUAUAUAAUGCUAGAAGAGAAAAUCUGAAGGUGAAUCAAAGUUUGAUUGGUGCUACUGUAUUAAAAAGGCUGAUAUGCUCUUGUUUUCAGUCCUCAAAAUAAUGUUUCAGCAAACCUUUCCCUGCUGUGAUCAGACAGGAAAUGCAAGGUGUAUUGGAAAUGCGGUAAAGGGAAAGAUUUGGUGUUUUGGUGCUCUGAACUGCACCGCUGUGACCUCCUCUGCUGUCUCUCUGGAGAGUGAGAACUGAGUAUUGGUAGAGGUAUGAGCAGGGCCAAGUAAUGCUGGGACUUUCCCAUGGUCUUGCUAGAAAGGAUUUGCCUUGGUGAGACAUCAACUUCCUUAAUGGUUCUAUACUUACCUGUGCCACAGCUUGUGUUUUGGACAGUCAGAGAGACUGGAGAGCAGCCUCCAGUUCCUUCCCUCUAGUCAGUCAAAUGAGAGACUCUUGAGUACUAAUUCUGCAGUUUUAAUUAAGUCACUUUCCAGAUCAGAGCAAACAGCAGAGGUUUGUCAUGUUCCAGAGCCCAAUCUCUCACGCUGGCUUUACCUGUGGGCUGAUGCUAGGGGGUCUGAUCCACACAUAGGUCAUUCCAGAAGGAUUCUUCUUGGCUGCAUGCCCCAUGGAGAACCCCCUAAAGCUGGGAGAAUGAUUUGGCUCUUUCAGAGUGCAAGGAGGAAGUGCCCCCAGGAAUGUAUUUGUCCUACUUAGCUGCUAUGCUUUGGCCUAUCCCUGCCAGUAGCAGACCUGUCUGCUCGAGGGUUCCCCAGGGAUGAUCUGCACUGGAUGUGCAGUAACUCACCGUGGUCUGAGGAGGUGUUUCAGCUUCGUGGUGGUUGUUGGUUUGGCCCGUGAGAUAGAGAAGGUUCUGCGUUGUUGCCUUUCUUGCAGUUGGGAGGGAGCGUGACUGGCCACUCUCCUCCUUGUCCAGUGUCAGCAGGCAGAGGCUCUCAGUGGGAUGGGAAGCAUCUUCCUUUAAAAUGUGAAUCACUAGCCUAGGGAUCUGGGCAAGGGAGGGCACAAGGAAGCACUUCCUAUAUGAGGAACGCUUCUGCUGCACACUCUGUGCCCUCGGAUGCUAAUGAAGUAACAUUACUUGAGCUUUUAGGACUGGUCUCCUGUCUGUCAGAGCUUGGGGGUAACACAGUUUCACUCCUCGCUGAGCAAAAGCACUACCCAAGUCUGUGGGGAGCCUAAUCCUGCUGCCAUUGGAAUUUUCCUGAUUCCUGUGAAUUGCUGAGUGCACCUCCUGUGAGCUGCUGAGUAGCCUCCCUUGUCACUGAACCCAUCAGGCCACUUGUCUCCCUCACUGACUAUUUCCGUAGGGCUUUGAGGGCACUCAGGAAAUGCAAUCAGCACCUUACAGGAUCGAUCUGCUAGGCAAUAAAUGAAGUUUUUUUCUCUGGUAACUUGUGUGCAUGAACUGAAAAUCAUUUAUUCCAAUUUGUUCUGAGGACAGAUGCAGCAUAUACACAUUUUCUAUAUUUAUAAAUAUAUAUAGAUAUAUAUUUUGUUCUCAGCUAGUUACCUCUUCUAAACUGCAAUUUUCAGAGCAACUGGCAUAUAUUUUUUAUUCAACACGUAAAAUAACUUUUUACAGUAAGAGAAUGAAAGCUGUUUUAAGCAUGUGUUUUCUGUAUUUUUAUUAUGCAUUAUCCAAUUAUAUUGAGAUGUAUUUUCCUCUUUGCUCUGCUCUUUCAGUUGUUAUCCUUUUUAUCAGUUAUGCUUUUCAAAUGUUUUGUAAGGGAAAAUAAAUAUGCAAAAUCGCCAGAUGCCUUUUUUCUUUGCAGAAGAAGUAUCACAAAUGCUUUUUUAUUACAUUUUACCAAUCCAAUAAACUUCUUAUAAAUUUCA